AUGUCGGUAUACCCUCCGACACCAACGAUUCCCAUGAUGCAUGGUGGAGCAGAUCGGAGAAAAGCGAAGCGACCGCCUAAUGUUGGAUCAAGGGAGCUCAAUUCACAAGAAAAUGAGAUGCUGUUUCAACUGGUUGGAUCAGACGCCGUUUCAUUGACAGCCGCCGUCGUUCAGUUACUGAAAUCCGAUCGAGGAUCAUGGAGAGUCGAGCUACCACACGGAGUAGUCUCAUUAGUCAAAGAUUAUGCACAGAGAGCGUAUUUCCUUCGGAUUUUCGAUAUUCUCGAUGAGCGAGUCGCUUGGGAUUUCAAAUUGUAUAAAGCGUUUCAAGCACAGUCUUUUCCACAAUGCCGGAAACUUCUCGCCUUCGAACAAAUGGAAAAUGGAGAGGAUGGAGUGGUCAUUGGGCUGAAUUUUUUCAGCGAAUAUGAAGCUGCAGAGUUCAAGGAGCAUCUGGAUCGUCGUCAUGCCCAAGAGCGAAAAUCAAAUACUCCAGGUCGCCCCGGGAUGCCGCUCAUGAUGCCUUCUGCAGCAUCUGUUCUAUGGGAAGGAACAGUAUGUAAAUAG